AUGCCCCCCUCAUCAACAACGCAACGCCUCCUCCGCGAACUAAAAGAAUACACCACCUCCCCCAACGAAGCCCUCCUCCACCUCGGCCCAACAAGCGACGACGACCUCUUCCACUGGGAAGCCGUGCUAAAAGGCGUAAAAGGCACGCCGUACGAAGCCUCCACUGCCUCACUAACAUCCGGAGCCUCCGCGCAUACAGACGGCCUCUGGUCCCUCAGCAUCGCAAUCCCACCCACAUACCCCCUAUCCCCACCGACAAUCCACUUCGUGACGAAAAUCAGCCACCCGAACAUCUCCUUCACGACGGGCGAAAUCUGCCUUACGCUGUUGACGAGCGAGCACUGGAGCCCCGUUUACACGUUGUCGAGCACGCUCACGGCGAUCCACCAGCUGCUUACGGAUCCGCAACCGGAUUCGCCUUUGAAUGUGGAUGUUGCGGCGUUGUUGAGGGAUGGGGAUACGCCGGCUUGGGAGAGUGUGGUGAGGUAUUAUACGAGGGAGGAGAGGUGGAGGGGGAGGGUUUGA